GAAGAACCUUAUGCCGAGGAUGACCAAAGCAGGUUCAGGACUGAUGUCCACACGGAAGCAGUACAAGCAGCACUCGCAAAAUACAAAGAGAGAAAAAUGCCCAUGCCUUCAAAAAGACGGUCUGUUCUUGUGCACUCUUCGGUAGAAACAUACACACCUCCAGACACAUCGUCAGCAUCAGAAGAUGAGGGCUCGUUACGUCGGCAAGGGCGGAUCACCUCCACUCCGUUCCAGAGCCAUUCCAACGUAGAGCCCUGGCUUAACCGGGUUAUUCAGGGCUCCUCCACCUCAUCCUCUGCAUCCUCCACCUCAUCUCAUCCAGGAGGGAAACCUGCUGCUGCUUCCAAUACUGCUACUGCCACCGCUGCUGCCACUGUGCUUGCAGAUCUCAUGGCACACACCCAGCUAGAUAACCACUCUGCACCUCCAGAUGUAACCACUGGCCUGGUGGAACAUUUGCAUCAUGAGCGUCCACAGGUAGCAUCAGUACGAGGAGUUCCCAGAGGCUACAACAGCAGCAUUUUGGAAACUGCAGAUGGUGUCCCAGUGAAUAGCAGAGUGUCCUCUAAAAUCCAGCAGCUUCUAAAUACCUUGAAAAGACCAAAGCGCCCACCUUUGAAAGAGUUUUUUGUUGAUGAUUUUGAAGAACUCCUAGAAGUGCAACAGCCUGACCCAAAUCAACCAAAGCCUGAAGGAAAUCAAAUGAAUGUACUUAAAGGUGAGCCCUUAGGCGUGGUAACCAACUGGCCACCUUCUCUGCUGGCUGCCCUGCAGCGCUGGGGAACUACCCAGCCAAAAGCCCCUUGCCUGACAGCGCUGGAUACAACUGGGAAAGCUGUUUAUACGCUUACCUACGGCAAACUGUGGAGUCGAAGCCUAAAGUUAGCGUAUACCCUGCUCAACAAGCUAACCACUAAGAAUGAACCACUGCUGAAGCCUGGAGAUCGGGUAGCUCUCGUAUUUCCUAAUAGUGAUCCAGUUAUGUUUAUGGUGGCAUUUUAUGGAUGUCUCCUGGCAGAACUUAUUCCUGUCCCAAUAGAAGUUCCACUAACAAGAAAGGAUGCUGGCAGCCAGCAGAUUGGAUUUCUUCUGGGCAGCUGUGGAGUAACACUAGCUUUAACCACUGAUGCCUGUCAAAAAGGCCUUCCUAAAGCUCAAACUGGCGAGGUGGUUACAUUCAAAGGCUGGCCUCGUCUCAUUUGGUUUGUGAUUGAUGGGAAGCAUCUGGCCAAACCAACUAAGGACUGGCAUCCACAAGUACGGGAUGCCAGUGCUGAGAUUGCUUAUAUUGAGUACAAAACAAGUAAAGAGGGCAGCACAGUGGGCAUUACUAUAUCUCAUGCUUCCAUGCUUGCACACUGUCAUGCAUUGACGCAGGCAUGUGGCUAUUCAGAAGCUGAAACACUGACAAAUGUCUUGGAUUUCAAAAGAGAUGCUGGCCUGUGGCAUGGAGUAUUAACAAGUGUCAUGAACAGGAUGCAUGUCAUCAGUAUUCCCUAUGCAUUAAUGAAGGUUAAUCCACUUUCCUGGAUACAGAAAGUCUGUUCAUAUAAAGCCCGUGUAGCAGUAGUAAAAUCACGUGAUAUGCACUGGUCACUUUUGGCUCAGAGGGAUCAGAGAGAUGUCAGUCUGAGCUCUUUACGAAUGUUAAUAGUGGCAGAUGGAGCUAAUCCAUGGUCAAUAUCUUCAUGUGAUGCGUUCCUGAAUGUAUUUCAAUCCAGAGGUUUAAGACCAGAAGUAAUCUGUCCCUGUGCUAGUUCUUCAGAGGCACUAACUGUUGCUAUUCGCAGACCUCCAGAACUGGGUGGGCCUCCUCCAGGAAAAGCAGUGUUAUCAAUGAAUUGUCUGAGUUUCGGGGUGAUAAGAGUGGAUACAGAAGAGAAGUUAUCAGUGUUAACUGUACAGGACGUUGGUCAGAUUAUGCCUGGAG